UACUGUGCACCGUAAGCUCAGCUAACGUCCUCCGGCGUACCAGGAGCGGACUUUAUGGAUUUAUAAUCGGUCGUUUGAAGCGGAUAACGGAGAAAACUCGGAGGAUUUAAAAGACAACGGACAUUUUUCACCGAUUGAACCGGGACGUUUCCCCCCUCGACGCGGGGAACUGGAUUAAGCUUCUUCAUGCAACUUUUUUGGAAAGAAACCAAGAGCAUCUUGCCGGAGAAUAAUAAAACGAUCCACAAAGGUGACACCGCGCUCUCUCUAACUGCAGGUGUCGCGUUCUCUUUCGGUCCCCCCGGGGAGAUGUACCAAGGGUUCCCCGGCGACCCCGACAGCGGAUCCCGUGGAAGCUCGUCCCCGUCCAUUGAGUCACAGUAUCUUUCGUCCGUGGACUCCUUCGGGAGCCCGCCGACCACCAGUGCUCCGCAGGAGUGUGCGUCAGCAGGUGCUGGCUUGAGCAUUGUGGGCAGCGGGCCAGGGACCAGCGUUGGAGGUGAGAUGCCCGGAUCAUUCGUGCCUACCGUCACCGCCAUCACCACCAGCCAGGACCUGCAGUGGAUGGUGCAGCCGACUCUGAUCUCCUCUCAGGCCUCUGGACAGAGCGGCUCUACAGGGACCACGACCAUGACACAGCCAGUGUCACUGGUUGACCCAUAUGACAUGCCGGGCCCCAGUUAUACCUCAGGGUCUGGAUUCACCCCACCAAGUUCAGAAACUCCAGGGCCAGCACCCGGUCCCAUCCGUCAAUCCAGAACCCGCAGCCGCCGCACACGAGACGAGUCUGUGAGUGAAGAUGGAGAUGUUGGUGUGUUACUAACACCUGAGGAGGAGGAGAAGAGGCGAGUUCGUCGGGAGAGGAACAAGCUGGCUGCUGCCAAAUGCAGAAACCGCAGACGGGAACUCACAGACAGACUGCAGUCGGAGACAGACAUACUGGAAGAGGAAAAGGCCGAGCUGGAGGCUGAGAUUUCAGAGCUGCAGAAGGAGAAAGAGCGACUGGAGUUUGUCCUGGUUGCCCACCAGCCAAACUGCAAGAUCCAGUACCAAGACCAGAGCCAGCAGGGCGCAGUGCAGCUCCCUCCGGUGCAGGCUCAGCUCCCUCCACAGACCUUACAACCGCCUGUCUCCAUUGUGGGCUUGACUGUGAAAGAAGACUCUUUCUAUCUGCCUCCUGCGUACACAGCCCAUCCGGCCUCCUCCACACAGUCCCAGCCACCGGUGCAGCAGCAGCAAGUCCAGCCGCAGCCUCAGCCUCAGCCAGGGAUAAUGCAGGAGGUAGAGUUUUCCAGUUCUUUCUAUGGUGAUCCGGCACCUGGUGGGCCAUGCCUCAUGGCCAGCGACAGUGGUGGUGGUGUUAACCAUGACGAUGCGGCCAUUGGCAGCUACAACACCUCAUACACAUCUUCAUUUGUGUUCACCUACCCAGAGGGAGCCUGCGGGGUCAGUGCCAACCAGCGGAACAGCAGUAGCGAGCAGUCAUCUGAUUCCUUGAACUCGCCUUCACUGCUGGCUCUCUGACUGACCGACAGACACGCGCACACACAUAUUAACACGCACACAAGUUAUGCUCGCUGGAAGUAGAGGCUGAGAUAAGUAAUACAACCAGUCGUUUGCGACUGACUGGGUCAAAGUUUACACAUUUUGAAAAGAAUUUGAAUUUAAGAGCCAUAGAAAGAGUCGCACUGUAGGUGUGACCUUUAUCAUUGAACUUCAAUGAUUACCAAAUUCUUAUUUUGCAUUGGGCAGAGUACGUGCGACUGGACGGUGAAUAAAACCGGAGUUCCAAAACCAAGUCCAUGUUGCAAAUCUUAAGUGCUUUGAAUUGACAAAUUAAUUCAUAAUGAAUUCUAUCAUUCUCAUCCUCUCAUUGAGUGAGAUAUAAAAUCCUCACAUUACACAAGUGCCCCUACAUUGUUCCCUCUGUCGGUCGCCCCUGUUCCAAUGCUCUUGCUUUCAUCCUUUUCCAUCCUUUUCGCCCUCCGUCCUCUCGCUGAAUGUAUUUGUGUCAAUCUGAAAUAGGGACAAAGGACACUUUUUUCAGAGUCUUUUCUUGUGGGAGACAGACUGCUGAUCUCGCGCUCACCUCUAACUCCUCAUCUGCUCGACCUCCUUCUGCUUCUUCAUUUGCUGCUUGGACUUGACCAGUGAGGAUCUGAGUUUCACAGAAUCCACUAAAUCUUGUGCUUUCUCCUCUCCUUAUGAAAUAAACCUCCUGCCUACCUGCCGUGCGACCCAUCUCUACCCAUCUCUGUUUUCUCCUCUUCUGUCUCUUCUGUUUCUCCUUCUCUUUGAAGUCUUCGACCCCCGAGAGCCCGAAGACCCCCUCCAGCCCAUGGGACCUUGAGUGAAAGUCGACCCAACUAACAUACCCUUUAGCACCCUGUCAUACAAGGACAUGGACGCAACCCCACCAAUACAGAAGAACUCUUUAUUGGAGCGCAUUGCUCGAGUCUUUACAGUGAAUAGCAGCUAAACACUUUUAACACGCACAUAGAUGCAUAAUCAGUGAACACAAAAUGCAAGAUGGAUGCCACUGUCUUCUGCUGAGCCAUUUUUCAUGUUGUUCACACAACGAAGAUAUGUCACAUCUGUUGUGAGGCUGGCUAUAAGAGAAAGAGGAGAGAGAGAUUAAGCUGGAAAUGAGAGAGAAAGAAAGUCCAAAGCCACCAGGAGCCUGAUGAGAGGAUGAUGAUCAUCCCGACCAUCCAUUUGUGGGAACAAACUUUAACAACGAAGCGGAGCCAAACGUUGAUAACAAACAAAAAGAACAGGAAAAAAAAAAAAAAAAAAGGAGGAAGAAGAAAAAAUGUUCUGUUUUGCCAACUGUGUGGAAGAUCAACCUCAGUAAAAACACCUCCAUGCCACAAAGCCUCAUCACCAUCGGCCUACGUGCCGACAUUCAGCCAUCGCUUUCAACUGUCUGAAGUGAAGACAUACUAGACGAUUUGCUGCAGUGCACCAGCUCCGAGUUCUGCUCAGAAUCAAUCAGAUGUGAACCAAUGCCUUUAUUUAGAGGAGAGAGGUGUGACUUCUCUCUCGCUCUCUUUUUUUUUUUUUUUUUUUUUUAACUCGUGAUUCAGACAACCUCUAAACAUUGGGCUCGGUGGUCUCUGUGCCUCCCCCUCACGCUCUCAGAGGAGAUGAGGUGGAGGUGCUUUUAUUGUGAGUGGGUCCACUCUGAGGCACCCGGCCCGUUUAUUUCUUUCUUUAUGGAGGUUGAUGUGGCAAGUGAGCACAAAAACAAGACCAGGAAACACAAGGGGAGAACAUGUGGCGGUGUUGUGGAGUGAGCGUCCUUUCUACGCCUGUGAAUUUGUAAGACUUGUUUUCCCUGUAUGUUUGAGUGAGAACUGUUGUAUAUUUUAAUGUUUAUGUUGUUUAUGUGUGUCUUAUUGUUUUGCAUUGGCCUCUGCUUUCUCUUGUACUGUUGCCUUUACUUGUUUAACUGUUUUGUUUUGUUUUGUUUUUUUUAAUCGGGACACUUCCUGAUAACUGUUACUAUUAUUAUUGCUUUGUAACUAUUGUUUCAUUAUUUUAUUGUAUUUUCAUUUGACAACUUUUGAGGCAUGUUGUGCACUACAAAAAAAAAAAGUCUCUAUACAUAUGCAUAUAUACAAGUUACAUAUAUAUGUAAGUGUAUGUAAAAUGAUUGUAAAGUAUGAAUGUCAGCACACCUGAAUGGGAUAUUUUUGUCAUUGAAGAUUAAAAUGAAAUGUUAAAGUUAAUAUUUUUCUAAAAGAGCCAAAAUAUAUAAAUAUAUCUAUAUAUCUAUAUCAAAAAUAAAUU